AUUUACGAGGAUCAUCCGCAACACAGCAUGGUCGGUAUUUACAACAAAACGCAACCUGCAUUGAUAAUACGUGAUCCAGAAUUGGUGAAAACAGUGAUACAGUCGAAUUUUGACAGUUUCUCCGAUAAUCUAUUGAAAGUGGACUUUCAACUCGAUCCUCUUUUCACGAUAAAUCCUUUCUUUGCCAACGGCGAGAUGUGGUUUACAUCUCGGAAACGUUUGACUCACGCGUUUACUGGCAAACGGUUAAGAAUACUGUACAAGUCCGUCGAGCAGGUUUUGAAAAAGUUCGACGAUUACCUGGACAGAAGAAUGAGUGGAAGCAACAGUAUGAUAGAACUCGAGAUGAGGGAUUUGUUUUCCAGGUAUACAGGUGAGAUAGUGGCCAACGCAGGCCUUGGCGUUGAAGGUUUCUGUUUCGACGGCGAAGAUCAUCCGGCGUCGUUCGUCACAAUGGGAAAAUUGGUAUUCGAUCCGACGCUUCUUGGCAAAAUCGCACAAACUCUUAAUUUCUUCCUACCCGAACUCAAUAAGAUCUUGCGGAUGCCGUUCGUGCCGAAGCAAGUGGAUCAUUUUUUUCGGAGCACCGUGAAAGAGGUGUUACGCAUCAGGCGACAAGAAAUCGAGCGUAGAAACGACUUCUUACAGUUGAUGGCGGAUCUGGAGAAGACUGAGGGCCAACAAAUCGACGAGGAUCUUGUCACUGCUCAUGCUUUCUCCUUUUUCGCCGACGGUUACGACACGUCCAGCAUCACUUUGAGCUUCGUUGUUUAUCAGCUUGCUCGACAUCCGCACAUCCAGCAGCGACUUCGCGACGAAGUGGAGACCGUAUUUGACAAAUACGAUGGCCAAUUGACUUACGAUUCGUUGAAGGAGAUGACAUAUAUGGAUCAAGUGAUCAGCGAGUCGCAGAGACACUAUACUUCGGGUGGUAUGUUUGGCAAAGUCUGUACCGAAGAGUUCGAACUAAAAGGCUCGGACGGGUUAUGUUGUCAUGUGAAACCGGGAACAGAAAUUAUGAUCUCUAUCUUUGGAUUGCACAAAGACUCGAAAUACUGGCCCGAUGCAGAUGUUUAUGAUCCCGACCGAUUUUCCGCGGAUAGAAAGCCGGAAAUCACGAAGUUCACUUUUUUGCCGUUCGGCGAGGGCCCGAGAGCCUGCGUGGGCAUGAGAAUGGCAUUGUUGCAGGUGAAGGCUUGCUUGGCAACUGUUAUAAGAAAAUAUAUCCUGGAGGUAUCGCCGAAGAUCCAGGAGCCCCUUAGAAUGCAGCCUGGCAGCUUCCUGACGGCACCUAUUGGCGGAAUAUGGCUUUAUUUGAGACGUAUUUGACAUUACAUAAAACUCGAUUGCAAGAU